AUGUCAGCGUGCCACCGGGCAGGUAAAGGACACCGACGACAGCAGCCUGUCAAUUCUCCUUGUGUUCGGCAGGACGCUGGACAGACCACCUCGAGUGUGGUCAAACCGCAACCCAGAGUGAGCAAAUCCAACAUCCUGGCAGAGGUCAAGUUUAGCAACCUGUCGACGGGAGACGCGCAGCCCUCCACCGCGGAGAUGAAGCGGAAAGUCCGCUUUUCCAAAGAAGAGCUCACUGCCCAGAGUCCCGAAAGCUCCGGGCUGCCCAAGCUCAUGAGGACCGUACAGGUUGAAGAAUCUGUGAAGUUCGCCGGGGAAACUCUGACGGUGACGCGGCAACUCGUGCCGGGCACGGCAGAGGAGCGGCAGUUCCUCCUUUCGCAAAAGAGGCGCCAGUCAGCAAAACUGGGUGGGAAGUUUGCCGCCUUGGACAACCUGCUUGGAACCGGCAAGGACAAGGUGCUGAAUACUGUGGAGAAGUCCGAUCUGGAUUGGCAACGGCACCAACAAGAGGCCGGUCUCCAGGACCUGAGCCGCGACCCACAGGCUGGCUACAUCGAGCGCUCGGAGUUUCUGCGGCGAGCGAACCUCCGUGCAUCGGAGGCCAUCCGCGAUGCCGCGCGAGCGGCGGCGCGGAAGGUGUCCUCAAAGUCCUGA